GAUCUUCUCUGGCUUUGAACAGCCAUGCUACUCUGUUGCCAAAAAUCAAGUGAAGUGAAUGUGUGCGGUUACUCUCCUCUUGAAUUUGAAGAAGAUGGUAGCUUUGUAUAGUGCCUGAAGUUUCUAAAUGAUUUUAGCAGUGGAAGUUAUAAACUUCAGAGAACUAAAGAAAUCAUCAUGAAGCUAUAUGUAUUUUUGGUCAACACUGGAACUACCCUUACGUUUGAUACUGAACUUGCUGUACAAAAUGUGGCUGAUCUGAAACAUGCAAUUCAAACGAAGUAUAAGAUUGCCAUUCAGCACCAAGUGCUGGUUGUCAAUGGAGGAGAGUGUAUGGCACCAGACAGAAGAGUGUGUAGUUACAGUGCUGGAACAGACACCAACCCAAUUUUUUUAUUCAACAAAGAAAUGAUCUUGUGUGAACGUCCACCAGCUAUCCCCAAAACCACGUUUUCAGCAGAGAAUGAGAUGGAAUUGAAAGUAGAAGAAUCUCUUAUGAUGCCUGCAGUAUUUCAUACGGUAGCAUCACGAACACAACUUGCUGUGGAAAUGUAUGAGGUUGCCAAGAAGCUUUGCUCCUUUUGUGAAGGUCUUGUACAUGAUGAACAUCUUCAGCAUCAAGGCUGGGCUGCCAUAAUGGCCAACUUGGAAGAUUGUACAUACUCUUACCAAAAGCUGCUUUUCAAGUUUGAAAAUGUGUAUUCAAGCUAUUUGCAGUCCAUAGAUGAUAUCAAGCUGAAACUUACACACUUGGGUUCUGCUGUUUCUAUCAUGGCCAAGAUACCACUGCUGGAGUGCCUAACAAGACAUAGUUACAGAGAGUGUUUAGAAAGACUGGAUUCUUCACCUGAGCAUGGAGGGGCAGGAAGUGAAGAAACUGAAGAUGGGAAAUCUGCUGAAUUGGUGCUUUAUCCUGAUAUAUCUAAAGUGAACAGUAAAUCAGUGUUAGCGUCGUUUUGCAAGUCAGUUGAACAUUCAGCUUUGGAAGGCACAGAUCCUGAAAAUACAAAAGAUAAGGAAUCUAGUCAAAAUGCUACCGCCCAGGACAAUGAAACAUCAGUAGAAUUGAAAGAGGAUGAUCAGCCUUCCUUCAAUGUGUCAUUGUUAGACUGGAUAAAUGUUCAAGAUAGACCUAAUGAUGUUGAAUCCCUGGUCAGAAAAUGUUUUGAUUCUAUGAGCAGGCUUGAUCCGAGGAUCAUCCAACCCUUUCUGGCCGAAUGUCGCCAAACUAUCGCCAAACUAGAUAAUCAGAACAUGAAGGCUAUUAAAGGUCUUGAGGACAGACUCUAUGCAUUGGAUCAGAUGAUAGCAAGCUGCAGCAGACUGGUGAAUGAACAAAAAGAACUUGCUCAGGGAUUUUUGGCUAAUCAGAAGAGAGCUGAGAACUUGAAAGAUCCUUCUGUGCUGCCUGAUUUGUGUUUGAGUCAUGCAAAUCAGCUGAUGAUUAUGUUAACUAAUCACAGAAAACUGUUAGAUAUUAAACAGAAAUGUACCACUGCCAAACAGGAGCUUGCAAAUAAUCUGCAAGUCAGACUGAAGUGGUGUUGUUUCGUGAUGCUUCAUGCUGACCAAGAUGGAGAGAAACUACAAGCAUUGCUUCGUCUUGUAACAGAGCUCCUAGAAAGGGUCAAAGUUGUAGAGGCUCUCAGUACUGUUCCUCAGAUGUACUGUCUAGCUGUUGUUGAGGUUGUAAGGAGAAAAAUGUUCAUAAAACACUACAGGGAGUGGGCAGGUGCUUUAAUAAAAGAUGGGAAACACCUUUAUGAAGCUGAAAAGGCAAAAAGGGAAUCUUUUGGUAAACUGUUCAGGAAGUCUUUCCUAAGGAAUCGCCUGUUUAGAGGACUUGACUCCUGGCCUCCAUCCUUUUGUACACGAAAACCUCGCAGGUUUGACAGUGAGCUUCCAGAUAUCUCAUUGAGUGACUUGCAGUUUUUGCAGUCUUUUUGUCCUUCAGAAGUACAGCCAUUACUCAGGGUUCCCGUACUUUGUGACUUUGAACCUCUUCACCAGCAUGUACGUGCUCUACAUAACCUGGUAAAGGCAGCACAGAGUUUUGAUGAAAUGUCACAAACCAUUACAGACCUGCUGAAUGAACAAAAG